CAAAACCCCUCAAAACGAACUAACUAUGAAACUGCCCAUAUCUUUAAACAGAAGCGCUAACGGCCUCUUCACUUCCCAAAGCCGACCUUUUUUCUUCCGUCCUUUGAUCUCCUUUCCUCCUCUGAGAAAAUCUCCAAUUCGCCCCAACACUGCAAAUUCCUCCUUGAAAUUCUCUUCCUUCAAAUCCACCGGACCAUUUCUUCGAUUUUACAAUUCAACAAUGUCGAUAACUACUACUACUACUACUACUACUACUGCAUCGUCUCAACCGCCAAUUCAGGUCAAAGACCACAUCGAAUUAACCCCAAAGGAGAAGGAAAUUUUUCAUCGGCUUCUUCAAGUUGUCCGCCAUUUUGAUCUCGAAACUGAACUCCGUGUUGCCGGUGGCUGGGUUCGUGAUAAGCUUCUUGGUAAAGAUAGUGAUGAUAUCGAUGUUGCUAUUGACACUAUGUCGGGAAGAGAGUUUUGUGAAAAAAUCAAUGAGUACUUGUCAUAUACUGGUGAGGAAACUCCAGGAAUUGGUGUUAUUCAGUGCAAUCCUGAUCAGUCAAAACACUUGGAAACAGCUAGGAUGCGCUUGUUUGAUGUAUGGAUUGAUUUUGUUAACUUAAGAUCUGAAGACUAUAGUGAGAGUAGCCGUAUCCCAGUGAUGAGAUUUGGUACUGCAAAGGAGGAUGCAUAUCGUAGGGAUUUAACCAUUAACAGUUUGUUCUACAACAUUAACAAAGAUUCAGUGGAAGAUUUGACUGAAAGAGGCAUAUCAGAUCUUAAAUCUGGAAAAAUAGUGACUCCAUUGCCUCCAAAGCAAACCUUUUUGGAUGAUCCACUGCGAGUUCUUCGAGCUAUACGUUUUGGUGCACGGUUUGGCUUCGCUCUGGAUGAAGAGUUGAGAAAAGCUGCUUCUGAUGAGGAAGUCAAAGCUGCUAUUGCAAAUAAAAUCAGCAGAGAACGUAUUGGUCAUGAAAUUGAUCUUAUGGUAUCUGGCAAUCAACCGGUGAAAGCACUGACCUAUGUUUCUGAUUUGCAGCUUUUUGGCGCCGUGUUCAGUCUUCCUUUGGAGUUUGAGCCUGAAAUUCCCGAUAGAUAUGAUAGUGUUUGUGUUGCUGACUUGGAUUCUGCUUGGAGACUUUUGGAAGCAAUUGGUUGCCCUUUCAGUGCAGAUCAACAGCGGCUGUUUCUGUAUGCUGCUUUGUUUCUUCCUUUUAGAGAGAAUGUGUACAAAGAAAAAAAGGCUAAAAAGAUUCCAGUUGUUAGCUACAUCAUUCGCAAUUCUCUCAAGCUAAAGGCCAGUGAUGCUGAGAUGGUCAUAAGCUUGCAUAUCGCAACAAAAAAGUUUGUGUCCUUGAUUCCUUUUAUAGUAUCCAAGGAGGAUAUACAGAUUCUUGAAGUUGAUUGGAAAAAAGAAAUAAUUGAUGUCCCUUUUGCUUCAAAACUUAGAAUAUUGGCUGGAUUACUCUUACGAGACAUCAAAGACUUUUGGAGGGCUGCAUUACUGCUGUCUAUGCUGUUAUACCCUACAGAUAUUUAUUCUGCCACCAGUUCUUUUGAAUUUGAUAAGAGGAGAGAAGUAUAUAACAUGGUUGAGGAAGCAAUUCUGGAAAAAGGUCUAGAUAAAGUUUGGGAAGUAAAACCGUUGGUGGAUGGAAAGGAGAUUAUGAGUAUUUUGGAUCUUAAGACUGGAGGACCACUUGUCAGAGAAUGGCAACAGAAGAUGAUUGAGUGGCAGCUUGCCCAUCCCUUUGAAUCUAAAGAUAAAUGUAUUCAAUGGAUGAAUGAAGCAUCCUCCAAACGCGCAAGAUUGGAGUAACUGUUCCAGUACUCAUAGAUGCAAUUAUCUGGUUCCUGUUUGCCCAGCUGUGUGCUUGGUGUCAUAUUUGAAGAUUCAAAACUGUGGUUCUUGCUGCCAAUUUUACUUCCCCUGGCAGCCUGCGCAUAGUAGGGUCACAAUAUCUGUAGAUCAUUGUUAAGUUUGUAUAGCUUUUUCCUUCUGAAGGAAUAUGAUUAACUAAAUAUAUAUCCCCAGUGAUACCAGAUAAUAACCUAACCUCUCCAGUGCGCUACUAUAGGAGAUUGCUAGAAAGAUGAAAAUUUCUCCCAAAACCGGAUAUGGGGCAAAAUUUUUGUACAGUUUAGGAAUGCAUGCUUUUGAUGAAAAUCUGUAUGUUUUUUGGUAAA